AUGGCGGUGGCAUUGCUUAUGUCAUGCGCAGAGUCGUAUCCGCAGGUGAAGCGGCUGGACUUCGGCAAGAUCACGCCGCAGGCCGUCGACUUCUUCAGGUCGGUGGUUGGCGAGGCCGCCGUCGUGACCGACCAGGACGACCUCCUGUUCUACAACGAGGACCAGAUGCGCAAGUACCGCGGCCAGUCGUCGCUGUGUAUCAAGCCCAAGACCACGCAGCAGGUGUCGGAGAUCGUGAAGUACUGCCACGAGCACAAGCUGGCGCUGGUGCCCCAGGGCGGCAACACGGGGCUGGUGGGCGGGUCUGUGCCGGUGUUCGACGAGAUCGUGCUGUCGCUGAGCAGCAUGAACAAGAUCCGCUCGUUCGACCACACGUCGGGUAUUCUGAAAGCGGACGCAGGGCUGAUUCUGGAAAAUGCCGACAACUUUCUCGCGGAGAACGGCUACAUCUUCCCGCUGGACCUGGGCGCCAAGGGCUCGUGCCACAUCGGCGGCAACGUCGCGGCCAACGCGGGCGGCCUGCGGCUGCUGAGAUACGGCUCGUUGCACGGCUCCGUGCUCGGUCUCGAGGUGGUGCUCCCAGACGGCACCGUCUACGACAGCAUGAACGCUCUGCGGAAGGACAACACGGGCUACGACCUGAAACAGCUGUUCAUCGGCUCGGAGGGCACGCUCGGCGUCAUCACCGGCGUCUCGAUCCUGUGUCCGGCCCGGCCCAAGGCCGUCAACAUUGCGUUUCUCGGCCUCGAGUCGUACGAGGCUGUGCAGACCACUUUCAAGAGGGCCCGGGCAGAGCUGUGCGAGGUGUUGUCUGCGUUUGAGUUCAUGGACAGACAGUCGCAGUGGCAGGCCAAGCGGUUCCUCAAGACGGCGCACCCGCUCGCCCAGGACGACCCGGACGUCGAGGUGCCCGAGUAUCCGUUCUACGUGCUGAUCGAGACGUCUGGCUCGUGCAAGGAGCACGACGACGCCAAGCUGGAGACGUUUUUGGAGUCGAUCAUGGAGGACGGCACGGUCGCGGACGGCGUGGUGUCGCAGGACGAGUCGCAGCUCAGAACGCUGUGGACCUGGAGAGAGGGGAUCAGCGAGGCCUCCAACAUGGACGGCGGAGUGUACAAAUACGACGUUUCGCUGCCGCUGCCGGUGAUGUACGAGCUGAUCGAGGUUCUGCGGGCGAGACUGGACGAGCACGGGCUGCGGUCGGUCAGCGACGCGUCCAAGCCGGUCGUCGACGUGGUGGGGUACGGCCACAUCGGCGACGGCAACGUUCACGUGAACGUUAUUGUGAGAGAGUACAAUAAAACGGUGGAGAAGUGUCUGGAGCCGUACGUGUACCAGUGGAUCAGCGACCACGAGGGGUCGAUCUCGGCAGAGCACGGACUGGGCUUCCAGAAGAAGAACUACAUCGGCUACUCCAAGUCGGAGGUGGAAAUUGCGUUGAUGAAAGAUAUCAAAAGCAAGUUUGACCCGCAGGGAAUCAUGAACCCAUACAAGUACUUAUAG